AUGAUCGAACAUUUUUCUUGCAGAGCCUCUACUGCAUCCCGGAAGAGGUCGAAAAAGAAAACUGCCUCGUUUGAUGAAGUCGCUGACGCAUACUUGAUAUGGCUCUAUGACCUUUGGAAUCAUCUUGAAACUUCAACCGAGUACAAAACCGGCUUGGAGGAAAUCUCGAAUAUCGGUAUUCGACAUCAGAAUCUCAUCCUGGGCGACAAGUCACUCAACCCUCAAGCAAUCCAGACAACCUUCUUCAUAUCGAUGGGUCAGAAUGAAGUGAGAGAUUACCUGAUUGAUCACAAGCAGCCGGAAACUGGCGAUUUUCUGCAAACUUAUUUCGGCGACUGGCCGCCUGAAGUCUAA